UCCCAUCCCUCUGCUCUUGCAGUGAACCACUACCCUGCUACACGCCUUUCAUCUUUCUCCUGAAAACCUCACCACUAAACUUAUUUAUUCUUGACCUACAGAAGAGCCAUGAGGCAAUUACUCCUGCAAUACCUGAAGCUGUUCCUGUUGCUAGGCCUUGGCGCAGUCACAGCUGAGCAUGUGCUUAAACAUGAUGUGCUUGCAUCCCUGGGGACGCUCCCCCUUGACGGGCAUUUCAGCUUCCACGACUUGUCUGCAGCUGCAAUGGACUUCGGCAACCUCUCUAGCUUCCCGCCAGUCGCUGUGCUUCACCCAGGUUCAGUGGCUGACAUUGCCACAACCGUGAGGCAUGUGUUCUUGAUGGGUGAGCACUCCGCGCUCACAGUGGCAGCUCGUGGGCAUGGACACUCGCUAUAUGGGCAGUCCCAGGCUGCUGGAGGGAUUGUCAUCAGAAUGGAAUCCCUUCGGAGUGUCAAAAUGCAGGUGCAUCCUGGUGCAUCACCCUAUGUGGAUGCCUCAGGAGGCGAACUCUGGAUAAAUGUCUUGAAUAAGACGUUGAAGUAUGGUUUGGCGCCGAAGUCAUGGACAGACUACCUCCACCUUACGGUUGGGGGCACGUUGUCAAAUGCGGGCGUCAGCGGGCAGACAUUCCGGCAUGGUCCACAGAUCAGCAAUGUGAACGAAUUGGAGAUUGUGACUGGAAGAGGUGAUAUUGUCACUUGCUCACCAGAACAGAACUCUGAUCUCUUCCGUGCUGCUCUUGGUGGUCUGGGUCAGUUUGGCAUCAUUACUCGGGCCAGGAUCGCACUUGAGCCUGCUCCACAAAUGGUGAGGUGGAUAAGAGUUCUCUACUUAGAUUUCAUGAGCUUCACCGAGGAUCAGGAGAUGCUUAUUUCAGCAGAGAAGACCUUCGACUACAUUGAAGGUUUCGUUAUCAUAAACAGAACAGGCAUCCUAAACAACUGGAGGUCAUCGUUCAAUCCACAGGACCCAGAGCGGGCUAGCCGGUUCGAAACAGACAGAAAAGUGCUCUUCUGCCUCGAGAUGACAAAGAACUUCAACCCUGAAGAAGCUGACAUCAUGGAACAGGAGGUCCAUGCACUACUAUCUCAACUUAGAUACACACCAGCCUCCUUAUUCCACACGGACGUCACUUACAUUGAGUUCUUGGAUAGGGUGCACUCCUCUGAGAUGAAGCUGAGAGCUAAGGGCUUGUGGGAAGUCCCACACCCAUGGCUUAAUCUCAUCAUACCAAGAAGCACUAUCCAUACAUUUGCAGAGCAGGUCUUUGGGAAAAUCCUCGAAGAUAACAACAAUGGUCCCAUAUUGCUCUACCCAGUGAAGAAGUCCAGAUGGGACAACCGAACGUCAGUGGUCAUACCAGAUGAGGAAGUUUUCUACCUGGUGGGAUUCCUAUCCUCGGCGAUAGGCCCCCACAGCAUCGAACAUACAUUGAACCUGAACAACCAGAUAAUAGAGUUCUCUAACAAAGCAAGUAUUGGGGUGAAGCAAUAUCUUCCAAACUACACCACAGAACCCGAGUGGAAGGCCCACUAUGGGGCUAGGUGGGACGCAUUUCAACAGAGGAAAAACACCUAUGACCCCCUGGCAAUCCUAGCUCCAGGACAGAAAAUAUUUCAAAAGAAACCAGCAUCACUACCCUUGUCCUCGUUACAGUACCUACUGUAAAAAAUAUAUAUGUGGAGCAAUAUGUCUAUGUUAGUAUGGAACUAUAGUCGCUUUGCAAAAGAUAACGAACUGCAGCGUGAAGAACACUGUACAGAGUAGUGACUAUUAGUAGUGGUGAUGCUCAAAAUACUUUUAGCACUGAGAUCAAUGAAGAUCAGCAAUGACAUACC